AUGGGUGAUAAUUCCGAGGUGAAUUCACCAACUCCUGAAGUUAAUGGAAUUAAUCUCAUAGAAAAGAGUCCAACGCCAAUUGUUGUCCCCAAUCGUGGAGCAAACAAUAAUAAAACUUCAAAUGUAUUUGAAACAGCAUUACAAGUAUGGACAGAAAUUGAUUUAACAUCAUUACAAUUAAAAUUAGAUGAUCAAGGAUUAGAAUUAAAGGAUGAACAAAAGAAUUCAUUAUUAAAUCGUAAAGAAUUAGCUUCGAAGACCAAAGAAUUUCGUAAAUUACCUGAUAAUCAAAAAUUAGAUCAAAUAAAGCCUUUAUUAAAAUUAUAUCAAAAUGAAAUUGAUACUUUAACAAAUAAAAAGAAAACGGUAGAGAAUUAUUUCUUUGGAAUUUAUAGAUUAAUUGCAGAAGCUCCUGAUCCAAAACCUUUAUUAGAAGCUUCAUUAGAUUCAGUUAUACAAUCUAAUGAAGUUAAUGGUUUAAAACGGGAAGUUGAAAGAUUAACUGAAGAAUUAGCUAGAAAAGCAGAUUAUGAACAAUUAAAACAAAGAUUACUUACCAAUGAACAAUCAUCAGCAGAAUUAUUAACUUCUAAAUUAAAUGCAAAAGAUGAUGAAUAUAAAUCUUUAAUAGAUGAAAAGGAAUCUAAUUGGUUAGAAAAACAAAAACAAUAUGAAUUACAAAUUAAAAAGGCUCAGAAUCAAAUUGAAGAAUUAAGAACUUCUAAAGAAGUAACAGAAUUACAAUUAGAUUCUCAAAAUAAACAACGAUCUUCUCUUACUGAUUCUUCAACUCCUUCAAUUUUAGCUCAAUUAGAUAUAGUUUCAAGAGAUGCAGAAUAUUCAAAAAAGAGAGUUUAUGAAUUAGAAAAGAGAAAUGAACAAUUAAGAAGAGAAAUAUCUCAAACUAAGAAUGAUAUCGAAUUAGAAAAUUUAAAGGCAGAAUAUUCUAAAAAAUCAUUAGAAUUAGAAGGAGAAAAUGCUUUAUUGGUGGCCAAUUUAGAUCAAACAAGAAAGAAAUUACAAGAUAGUUUAAAGGAGAAUGAACUUAAAUAUGAUACUUUCAAUAAAGAUAUUGAAAAAUUAAAUAUUGAAAUUAAAAAUCUUAAAAUUCGUCUUGAUAAAACAGCAGAUUAUGAUGAAAUUAAGCAUGAAUUACAUUUAUUAAGACAAAUAGAAUUUGGACAAGAUGAAGAAGAUGAAGAAAUAGAUGGUAAUGAAGAAAUUGAUGGAGAUUCUAAAAAGAUAGACAAUAUUUUAAUAAAUAGGAAUAAGGUUUUAACUCAAGAAUUAGCACAAUAUAGAUCUGAACAAGAAGAGAUUAAAAAUCAAUUAAAAUCAUUAGAAGAAUCUAAUUUAUAUUUACAACAAGAAUUAGCCAAAUCUCAUGAUUUGAAUGAAAAAUUAGAAGAAGAUUUAGCUGAAGUUCAAGAUUCUGGUAAAUUUAAUGAUAAUGCAAGUUUAAUAUCAGGUAUUAGUCGAGCUACAAGACCUGGUAGAAAUGGUAGUAUAAUAUCAGGAUUUUCUGGAAAUAACAUUGGAUCAGAAGAUGCAUCUAUAUUACCAAUUAUUACUAAACAAAGAGAUAGAUUUAGAGAUCGAAAUAAUGAACUUGAAGAAGAACUUAAAAAGCAAUAUAGUGCUGUUACAAGUAUGAAGAGAGAAUUAAAUAUUUUAAAGAAAGAUAAUGAAGAAUUAUAUGAAAGAACAAGAUAUUUAGCAUCAUAUAAUCAAAGUCAACAAUCAAUUGGUUCAAGAACAAAUUCUGUAACUGGUAAGAAAUUAUUUCAACCUAAACCAAAUGUAGUUAAUAAUGAUCUUGAAAGUAAUCCUUAUCAUCAAAGUUAUGAAUCAAAAUUACAUCCUAUUGAACAAUUUAGACUUCGUGAACAAGAAAGAAUUAAUUCAAAAUUAUCACCUAUAGAACGGUUAUUUAUUUCAUUAACUAGAGCAAUUCUUGCCACUAGAACAACAAGAAUGUUAUUCUUUUUCUAUUGUCUUGGAUUACAUUGUGUGGUAAUGUUUAUAACUAUUUAUGCUAUGAGUUUACAUACAACUUUAAUCCCUGAAGUAGGAAUGAAUUUAAGUACUGGAGGUGUAGCUUCAGGUAAAGUAGGAUCUCCUAAUAUAAAAAUGGAUGCUCCAGCUCCAGCUCUAGCUCCUGGGAUUAUAUAA